AUGGUUGUGCAUUCGGAACUCGACCGAGAUUUGUUCAAGGAGAUUUUCACAGGCGCUGAAACGAAGACCAAUUGGCUGCUUAUAUCUGGCGAAAACUUUCAGGAACUGUUAGAAGAGGUUUACCUACCACUCGAUAAUCAGGUCAAAAUCGCGAACUUCAGCGACGGGAACGACCCGCCUUCGGCAACCCUCUGGGAAAACUACCAACUCGGCCAAAACUACGACCAGCACCUCACCCCCGUGGGUCGUUGGACUCUCACGACCGAAGAUCAAACCAACCCUUCCAACAACGACUCCAGUGACGACUACGACUUCGGUGACGACUCCAAAGGCUUCAUGGGAGGUAGUCCUUCGUCUCCAACCUCGAGGGAGAUCCCCAUACCCAGCACUGUCACUGUGAAGACGAAGGCUCUGAAACAUGGGGUUCUGGAGGGACCUGUUGACGACCUCCUGUUUCGGAGGACGGACCUGAGUGGCCUUCAUGUCACGUGCACGAGUAUCAAUGUAAGGGUUUGGGUUUUUGGUUACACCUGUUACGAGGUCCCCGACAACCAGUGGGGUUCUGUGGUCGACGGGAAAUGGACGGGGAUGGUCGGCGAAGUGGCCAGCGGCAAAGCAGACAUCGCCAUCGCUUCCCUCACCAUCUCUCAGCAAAGAAGUUCCGUCGUCGAUUUCCUCAUUAGCGUGGCCGUUUCGGGUUACAGAGUCGCGAUGAAGCGCCCGACCAACGCCGACUACAUGUGGACCGUCUACACCAAACAGUUCGAGAAGGAAUCCUGGGCCGUGACUGUAUCGGUGACUGUGAUCCUCAUGGUGCUCGUCUUCGUGGUCCUGCGCCUGUCCCGUCGUGAGGAAAGCGCCUCCCCGUCCAUUUCUGCGUUUACUGUCCUGGGGAUUUUGUUUGGGCAGGGUUCGAUCCUCGAGUUCCGCUCGCUUGCAGGAAGGAUAUUAAUGGUCAGCGUCCUCUUGUUGCAAGUGGUCAUGCUGGCGUUCUAUACAAGCAACCUCGUGACUGCCCUUGCCGUGAGACCCUCCCCCCCGCCGUUUGAAGGGCUGGAGGACAUUCAUCGCGAUCCGACGGUGACUUUUGGCAUCGAGAGUGGGACUGCACUCGAUGAUAUCUUCCAGAACUCGAAAAACCCUCUCUAUCGGUCGAUCUACCAGAAGAUCAAACCCGAAGACACUGUAACCUCAACGGCAGAAGGGAUGCGUCGUAUCUUCCGCGAGAGAUAUGCCUUCCUCGUAUGGGAACUUUAUUACACUCUAAAUCACCAGGGAGGCUGUGAUAACUACCUCCUACCGCAGAAGUAUUUCACCGACCAUGCUUCUUUCAUUCUGACGAAGGGAUCGCCCCUCACGCCGAUUUUCAACAAUGUCAUCCUAGACCUCGGUUCGUCCGGCCUCCUGUCGAAGUUCUGGCUGGAGCUCAAAGUGACCAGCAACGACUGCGACGACCUAGAGACCUCUUCCUUGGAGUUCCUGACGCUGGUGACGUCCUUCCUGGUGCUCUGCGUCGGGGCGGUGGCGGCCCUCGGCUUCCUGGGGAUGGAGUGGAUCCUCGCGCGGAGACUGUGGGAAAAGUUCUGCGGGAAGGGAGAGGGGUAG